AUGGCAUCACGAGCGGAUUAUCUUUCGAAGUACCUUUCAAAGGAUGACUCGAAAAAAGCGAAAAAGAAAUCAAAAAAAGCAGGUGGUGCAAUCGCUGAAGCUAAUUCAGUUAAAAAAGAAACGACGCUCAUCAAAGACACGAUUCCUGAACCGGAAAGUGAAUUCGAGCCCACGAGCGUUGAUCUAGGGUCAUCUCUGGCGGUCAAGGGAGGUUUCAAACGAAUCGAUAAUGGUCAAAUUGUCAAGAAUGAGACACCCAGUUCGGAAAUGCCCAAAGAGGAGAACCUGCCUGCCACGGUCUACAGAGAUCUGAGUGGUAGAAUUAUAGACUUGAAAGAAAAGCGGGCUGAGAUCAAAGCCAGAAAAGAGGAAGAGGCUAAGCGUGAAGAAAUCGAAAAGGAACAAAUCAACACGGGUGAGUUGGACAGAAUCAGGCAGGACGAGGAAGCCAAGAAGUUGGCCAAAUCCACACGUUUUGACUACUCAAAAACCAGCAAAGAGUAUACGGACUACAUGGGCCAAAAAGACAGGUUCGAAGACCCUCUUGCAGGUCGUUUGGCUACAUCCGCUCUAAAUCCAGAAGUUUCUGUGUCUGCAACAAAUCGGCCAGUAUACCGAGGAGGCCAGCAUCCCGUAAACCGCUUUAAAAUACAAGCGGGUCAUUUCUGGGAUGGUAUUGACAGAGGAAAUGGGUUCGAAGAGAGAUUGGUCAAGGCCAGAGAUUUGAUUUACGUCCAGCGAGUCACCGAUCAAGCUGCCAAGGAAACUUACACAGAAUACGACUUUGAAUGA